AUGGGUCAGUCAGGUGGAAAAUUGUGGAAAUAACAAGGGACAUCGGAGACACGACUGGAAAGCCAGAAAGUUUGUAUUGCUCAAGGGUGCAAGUGGUUUGCUUUAUUAUCAAGGAUCUAAGCAUGCGGUCAGCCUGGCUUGCUGUUAACUCAAGACGAUCUAUUUUAAGAAUGACUGGCUAGUCAUAAAUGCCGGUCAAUGACUGAAAUGUAACACAAUACAAGUUCCCGGAUGUAUGUAAUACAUCAACUCCCUACCGACUAUGUGACUGAUAUUAACAAUUAAGAGGUAUGCAGUACAACACAAUAGUCUAAUCUACUAAAAAUUCAGACUGUCUGGUGCUUUGCUUCUGCUGGAAUGACGGACUGGAGUCACUUCUUUGCUCCUUUGUUGAUGCUCUAGUUGGUUCCACGUGUGUCUCUAAGUUUUCUGGUCCUGUGCUAAUCUCCGAUGGUGGUACCAUUGUGUCCUGUUCUUAUUGUUUGUCAACUCCAUCUUGUUGUUGUUCUCGUAAGUUUGGUGUGACAUUCGACUCCUCGGGUUCUAUAUAUAGUUGGGCUGAGGUGAUCGGUGAUACGAUACGACAGCUGGAGCAAGACAAAACGAUUGCGAAUCCAAUGGUUGCUGAAUGUGACAUUUGUUCAACUCCCAGGCCAUUGCUUGAUGCUCAUAAUAGUGAACUGAUAGCCGCCAUGCAAGACCCUGAUGCCGGCGUUCCACUCGGCGAGCACAAGAAUGGACUGAAAACAUACAAAGACUGUUUUGCUGGUUGUGAGUUAAUUAAGUGGUUGUUGUCAUUGUCGUUUGUCACAAUGACGGAGGAAGGAUGUCAAUUAGUAAACAGUCUGUUGAACGAAGCGUAUCUUCAGCCAGUGAGAGGGUUGAGUAAAGAGUCGUUCAAGAAGCAUUCGCAUUCGAAGAAGUUGGCGUUUGUGGAUGGUGUAGGAAGUUUGUAUAGAUUUGUUACAUUUGAUGAUUUUGAGAUGGUGAAGGUUUUGGGUUGUGGGAUGUUUGGCAAGGUUGUUGUUGCACUUGAGAAAGCUGCACAAAAAGUAGUCGCCAUAAAAAUCUUGAAAAAAGAUGUAAUUAUUGCAAAGCUGGAGAUUCUUCUAUUGGACAGACACGGACACAUCAAGCUUGCAGACUUUGGUCUUUGUAAAGAAGACAUCACGAAAGGCACAACGACCAGCACCUUCUGUGGAACACCAGAAUAUCUAGCACUCGAGGUUUUAGAAGAAAGUGAUUACGGUCGAGCCGUUGACUGGUGGGGUGUGGGUGUGGUCAUGUAUGAGAUGAUUUGUGGUCGGCUGCCGUUUUAUAACAGAGACCACGAAGUGUUGUUUGAGCUCAUUCUGACUAUGUGUGAGAUGAUGGUUUGAAAUUUGCAUGAUGCUGAUGUGGGUUGUUUUCUUAGGAAGCAAUCAAGUUUCCUCAACGAGCGUCUUCUUUGUUGAGAUCUUUGCUAGCUGGACUGCUGGAGAAGGAUCCACGGAAAAGACUUAGUGGAGGUGACUGUGGUGCAUCUGAGAUUAUGGAGUAUGCCUUCUAUAGCAGCAUCAACUGGCAGGACAUUUACGAUCGCAAGGCAAGU